UUGAAGCUUAGGCUUAUGCAUGUUGUGGCAAUUAAGCCAAUUAUUCACAAACCGUAAACUUCAAAGAUUUGUAAAUACGACAUAUUUUAAAGUAUCUUUCCAAUGUCUACUGAAGAAAGUCAUCAACAUUUAAAAGAUAUUGGUGCACAAACUACGAAAGAGGAUCUUAUAGAGAUCUAUAAAUCGUGGAGCAACACAUACGAUAAGGAUGUGACCAAGGACUUGUUAUAUGUGGCACCAAAACUUGCAGCGGAAGAACUGUGUAAGAUUCUUGAUGAGCGUGGGGUGUCUAAAGUCACUGCUGAAGUCAUUGAUUUAGGAUGUGGCACUGGUUUGGUAGCAGAGCAUUUAAAGAAACUUGGUUGUGAAGCUGUAGAUGGUUUGGACAUUAGUCCAGAAUUACUGAAAAUUGCCGAAGAGAAAAAAUUAUACAGGAGAUUGUUUCAUGGCUAUAUGGCAUCAGAAAACUGUGAAGACCUUGGUUUAGAUGCAAACCAAUAUGAUGUUGCUAUUUGUGUAGGUGUGUUCACAAUAGGUCACGUUAAAGGAAAAGGGUUUGAUGAUCUUGUUCAUGUGGUUAAACCUGGAGGUAUUGUCUGUUUCACUAUUAGAGAUUGUGUAUCUAAUGAUCCACAAUAUGAAUAUGGUGAAAAAAUGGAAGCACUUUGUAAAAAGAAGAAAUGGAAGUUGGUGAGCAAACAUCAUAUUGUUUAUCAUCAAAUAAAUCACUUCAAAAGUUGGCUGUAUUUUUAUGAGAUUUUGUGAUAUUAUUUUAUGAAAAGAAAUGUACAUCUUUUAUAUAUCAUUGUCAUAGGUUAUUGCUACUUAUGUAAUAACUUUUCUAUCUCAAUGUAAAUUGUUUGAAGUUCUUGCAACUUUGGCAUGGUAUUCUUGAAAAAAAGGAUGGACAGUGUUACUUCUGUAGUUAUAUUAAAAAUCUGGUAAUUAUAAAGAAAAAAAUUGUUA